GUUAGGAGUUAGUCACAAAACAGAGCCCUGCAGGCUUUUUUUGGUCCCAGUUGGGAGGAGUUUUUCCAGUCUAUAAAAGCCCACACUUUGGGGGAGCAGGGAAAGAGGAUUGAACUCAUUUAGGAAAGUGUCUGUCCCUCAACUGAUUGGGGAUCUACCAGGUGGGAAGCAGAAGAUCAUCCACACAAAAACAACCAUGUUUAAAGUGAAUCUUGCAGAGGAAGCAAAAAAACUGACAGGGACCACUGCACAGGACACAGUUAAUGCAGCAGGUCAGGCUGUGCAGCAAGUAUUGGACCAAGUGGCUGAAGCAGGUCAGAAAGUGGUAGAUGAUGUCUGCAAAACUGCACAAGAUGCUGGUGAAAAGGCUACACAAAAUAUAACAGGCCAGGUAAAUGCCUGGGGUAAAAGCUUUGGCCAGAGUGAAGAAAAGAAGAACGUUUCAACCUAACUACUUAUCUCAUCUGUUAUACACAUUUAAAGGACAGAACAGUCCUUUAAACUGGAAAUUCUUCAAAUGUUUUGCAUAUAAGACAUUCUUUACACUUUCAUUAAAAGUGAAGCUAUAAAUCUUA